GGCAUCAAAGUGUGCGUGUGACGUCAUUGAAGUGUGACGUCAGGAGGGUGACGGAGAGGGUCGGGUGCUCUGCGAGUGGAGAGAAGCCCGGGACCCAAGAUGAUCAGUGCAGCCUCUGCCCUGGAGCCGCGAGCAGGUGCCGCCCGCUCUCCCUCGUGCGCCUUGGAUCACUACUCGACCUCGCAUUGAAGUCACGUCCAACACAUGAUCGCUUCAAACAAACGCCAUUUUAUAGGAACAGUGGACGCAGUUGGCGUUUCCGUGACUUUCGUCUGAAGGGACUUUGAAGCAGCGACGAGAAACUUUAUGUUGCGGUGAAGGAGAGCACAGGGAGGAGGCGAGGGUGCCGCGACUCACGCCGAGGAGCCCUUCCCGUUCCGCCCAACCGAGCAGCGCCGGGAAGUGUCUAUCGAGCAUCAUCAGCGAGGAAGACAAUCGUGCAAAUUAGCGGAGGUCAUCUGUUGUGUUUAUCAGAGCACCAGUAAGCCAAGCCAACCACUCGUUCUGCCCGGAUGUAAGUGUGCGCCGCUACAAUCCCUCUCCCGACCAAUCGUGCUGAUCAGCCUUACAAAUUACCUUGGCCAAUCAGCUGUGUCCAUCGCUGCUGUCAAAUACCCACGCCGCGCCACCCAACACGCCCACCUGAUACCUACGAUACUGCAAACUACAUACAAGAGACGGAAUUAAGAUAACUAGAAAGAAAAGAUGAAAUAAAUAAGGCGAUAUUUCCCCAAAAAAAAAAAAGAAUGGAGUGAUAAGACAAUACUCAAGAUAAUGCAAGAAAAAAGCCCAAGUUGAAAGAUCUGCGUUGAUGUGGAGUAUUUUGUGUGAAUUGUGGGAAUUGUGUUCUGCGUAUGUGUCCAUUAGCCUGAUAAGCCUCGAUGCAGUGCUGUUGUAAAAUGAAGUAAAAGAAAAUUCGACUCUUGUAUAACUGAUAAAUGCGGACGACAGAAGUACAUACAAAAAGCGGUGCAGUGUGUUUAUUUAGAUAGUCAUUCUCAAUAAUUUCCUGUUCUGAUUCUAUUCAAGUAUAUGUGAAAAUAUUAUUUACAAACGUUUGCACAUUUUUUCCCUUCUAUUUAUAAACUCCAGUGUAUAACAUGAAUUUUUAUGCGAGAAAAGUCAGUGAAACUGGAAACGCGACAUCCGUAUUGCAUUUUGAAGGUCAAAGAUACCGUAUGUGCCCAAAAAUAUCAUGAUUUCUGAGAGCGAAAAAGUGCGAAUCAGAUUUACUUCUAUGGAACCAAACAGUAAGAUGGUCCAACGCACAGAAAUUCCCACCGCGACUCCCACCGCCACCACCACCAGUAACAACACGCACGCUUUACACAGAAGCUCAUCAAAAACCACUGAAAAAUAUAGCCUUCGCCCGCGGAAGGUCGUGCGGCGACUACAACAGCUAGAAAGAGGGAGUCUGAAAAAUAACGAUUCUCGAGUCCCCAAGUCGAGACCGCCGCCACUGUCCAAGUACCGCCGCAAGACAGCCAAUGCCCGCGAGAGACACCGCAUGAAGGAAAUAAACGAUGCAUUUGAAACACUACGACGCAUUCUCCCUGACUUCUGCAGCAGGAGAGCGGAACCUGCGUCCGCCAUGACCAAAAUCACGACAUUAAGACUAGCUGUGAGUUACAUCAGGGCGCUGUCCCACAUCCUGGAGGACGGAAGGCGGCCCGGAAACAUCUUUCUCAGUGACAUCCACCUCGACCACUCACUGCCCAGCGCCCACAACUCUCAACCUCCUGCAGCAUGUGGGGGAAAUGCCAGCGCCCAUCAUCACCUCACACACAUAUCAGAGGAGCAGUCAAAUCUCUCAUCUCUUUCUUCUUGUUUCCCUUCGUUUUCCUCCUUUCCAUCCUCCUCCACGUCACCGUCCUCUUCUUUCUCUUACUCCCCUCCCUCCUCGUCCUCCAUGCCCUCCUCCUUGCAGUCUUUCUCACUCGUCCGGUCCUCCUUCGGCAGCAAUAGUGACUUGAGUGAUUUGCUCUCCGACGACUCAUGUUGUGUGUUGGAUGAUAAUCUCGACUUGUUUGACGACAUUCCACCACUACCUGAGGCUGACCCCUUCGCCCUACUCCUGACACCUGACGGAGCGAUGCAAGACCUGGAAUCGUGACCUGGUCUGAGCUGCUCCCUCUUGUCUUUCCGCCUCUACACACAAACACACACACACACACACACACACACACACACACACACACGUAUUCAUCACUGAUCAGCACACAAGAACCAGUUAACCUCACAAUAACUGUUCUAAUAAUGUCAUCUCUUUCACCAUACAUGAAAAUACACUUGUAUGCUUGAUAUAAUGGUAGGGGAAAACUUAUACAGUAUCCAAUAACACUUAUACUGGAAUGGCCUUCAAAAUCCUAUGGAAAUUUGGCACAUUUCAAACGUAAAGGAAAACAAAUACAGUAAAACCUUUUUUUUACUGGUUCGUGUGUGUGUGUGUGUGUGUGUGUGUGUGUGUGUGUGUGUGUGUGUGUGUGUGUGUGUGUGUGUGUGUGUGUCUGCCGUUGAUACCCGAGUAAGCGUUCCUAAGGGCGUGUCUAUGAUGGUCUCAAAGAUUAGGAGGAAUAGAGUAUCACUGAGGGGCACCGAUGUGUGUGUGUGUGUGUGUGUGUGUGUGUGUGUGUGUGUGUGUGUGUGUGUGUGUGUGUGUGUGUGUGUGUGUGUGUGUGUGUGUGUGUGAGUACUUCUUUCGAGAUUGCCAGACAGAAAUAUAUGUUUUGAAUGUACUCAAUCAUACACACACACACACACACACACACACACACACACACACACACACACACACACACACACACACACACACACACACACACACACACACACACACACACACACACACACACACACACACACACACACACACACACACACGUACAAACACACAAAUCUUUCCUUCUUUCUGUACAGCAUCAUCUUCCUUCUACCUUUCAUAAUAGACGUGUUACAUGUAAGCCAUUUAUUUUCACCAGUAACUGUAUAUACUUCAAUGUAAGCAUCCCUGGCUAACGCAGCGCAACCUGGACUGGACCGCCGGGAGGAGAGGAGAGAAGAGGAGAGAGGAGGCGGGUAGAGUUACGGGGAGCCACUGAGAGACUCGCCGGGAAGAAUGUGUGACGAAGAGGAAGGUUGUGUUCCUCUUUUGUGAUAAUAUGGAAAUAAAAGAGAAAGCCAUAA